CAGGUUAGGGUAAAAUGUUAUUUUAUUAGCCAUCGGCGCACUGCUCAAUGGGGCUUGUUAGCUCAUUCAGUCUGUAUAAACUGUUGUGCAGAACAGAUCUGAAACACCUGCGUGAACUUCAGACAAUUUGUUUGCUGUGAUUUAAAGGGUUGACUAAGUAAACUUGGCUACAAACGAGCUUGCAAGUGGUUUGCUUUGGCAGUGCACACAUUAUGUAGUUGUUUUAAUGUUGAAAGAAAUGUUGACAUUGUGGCGAAAAAUGCGAUCCUAGCGUAUUGUAAAAGUGUAAAAACACCAAAAAUAAGUGGCUUCUCAAUUAGAUUAAUGUCUGGACUAUCGGUACUUCCAUUAUCUUGGCUGGCUAAGUGAGUUAACAUGAUUACCUCAGGUUAUAUACGCUGCUUGCCAUAGAAAAGUCACAAGUUACGUUAAAAACAAUUUUAAAAUCAGACAAAAUGUUUUUGUUGUUCUCCAAAACAUCAAAACAUUAAUUGGGGUUGUACAUAACCAUAUUUUUAAUGUUGAUUUUUUUCUAGUUGCCUUCCCAGCUACCGCGUCCUGUUUAAUGAGUGCUACAUGUUGGGACACUCUGUGUGUUGUGUAGCACGGAAGUCUGCGAUUUCGGACGAAGCCACUGACACGUGGGAGAAAAACCGAAAGCAAAGUCCCUCUCUAAACGAAAGUAACUUAGGAACUUAGACACGCUGUUUGCCUUUGCGUAGGUAUGGUUCAAUCUUCACCAUUUUAUAUCCCUUAAGAUUAAAAACAUGUAUAAAAUAUCACGUUAUUAUAUUACGUAUUCAUGCUUUUAACACCACGUUUUAAGAUUAAUUCAGUGUUAACUAAAAAGUGGAGUAAGCCACAAAUUAGUUGCGAUGGGGUGAUACUAUAUGAAAUCAGCUUAAUUUAAAUUGACAAGUGCAGUGGAGUAGACACCAGAAGCAGUUGCCGUGUUCAGAGUUUGUCGUAUCCUUUUUACCGCGUAAUGGUGAACUAGAGUUGCCACGUUAAAACAACAGGCCAGUAGACAUAGUAAAUAAAAUACUUUUAUGUCAGAUUAAUUAUUGCUGGCAUCUUCGUGGGAUCUGAACUGACCUCUAUGAGCCACUUCCAUCCUAAUGCAGCUGGCUGUAGCCUUGAACAGGGUCUUUCAUGGCUCAUCCUGUCGCGCGUCGGAAUUAACACGUGCUUGAGUGUACUGGGCACGUGCGCCCGUAAAAAAACGGUCAAAGUGUUUUAAAUUGAACGUUAGUUAAUGGAGUUGUCAAGUCGGACGGUUUGUGAGAAAUUAAUGUCUUACGAUCAUUGUUUCUAGUUUGUAGUAAUACCUCACAGUUUCAGAAAUAGAAAUAUCGCCUAAAUAAAACGCGUUAAUGACUGUUGGUUUCUGAUGGUUUGGUUUGUGUUAGCCAGAUUGCUAGCUAAGGUGCGCGAGACACUCUUUUCUCGCUUUUGAUCUUUUUCCCCUCACAGCUUCAGAGUGGGAAAAACUACUGAAUGAAACAGGAAAAUGAGAGAAGCCCGUAUUUCAGUAGCUCAGGACCAGUUCAUCUGUCCAGUCUGUCUGGAUCUCUUGAAGGAUCCAGUGACUAUUCCCUGUGGACACAGUUUCUGUGUGGUGUGUAUUAAUGACUGCUGGGAUCAGAAUAAUCAGAGGAGAAUUUACAGCUGCCCUCAGUGCAGAGAGACUUUCACUCCAAGACCUGUUCUACACAGAAACAACAUGCUGGCUGAAGUGGUGGAGAAACUGAAGAAGAAAGAACUCCAAGCUGCUUUUCCUGCUCACUGUUAUGCUGGACCUGGAGAUGUGGAGUGUGAUUUCUGCACUGGGAGAAAACUCAAAGCUAUCAAAUCCUGUCUGAUGUGUCAGGCCUCCUUCUGUGAAACUCAUCUGAAACCUCACUAUGGCAUUCCUGGCUUGAAAAUGCACAAGCUGGUCGAAGCCUCCACACACCUACAGGAGAAGAUCUGCUCUCAGCAUGACAAACUGAUGGAGAUCUACUGUCGUACUGAUCAAAGCUGCAUCUGUUAUAUGUGUGUGAUGCAUGAACACAGAGGACAUGAUACAGUUUCUGCUGUAGCAGAAAAAAUUGAGAAACAGAGUGAUCUAAAGGAGGAGCAGAGGAAAUUCCAGCAGAGAAUCCAGGAGAAAGAGAAGACGGUCCAGGAGCUGAAUCAGGCUGUAGACACUCUUAAGCUCUCUGCACAGUCAGCAGUGGAGGACAGUGAGAGGAUCUUUACUGAGCUGAUCUGCUCCAUUGAGAAAAAGUGCUGUGAGGUGAGAGAGCUGAUCAGAGAUCAGGAGAAGACUGAACUGAGUCGAGCUGAAGAACUCCUGGAUCAACUGGAGCAGGAGAUUGCUGUUCUUAAGAGGAGAGACACUGAGAUGGAGCAGCUCUCCCACACAGAAGAUCACAUCCAUUUCCUCCAGAGUUUCCCGUGUCUCUGUGUCUCUUCUGAAUCUGAGGACUCUCCCAGCAUCCAUAUCCAUCAACAUCUCUCAUUUGAUGUAGUGAACAAAUCGCUCUCUGAUCUGAAAGAGCGACUAGAGGAAUUCUGCAUGGAGGAAUUCAGCAAAAUCUCUCCACAAGCUGCAGCAGUUCAGAUUUUACCCCCAGAGCCAAAGACCAGAGAAGAUUUCCUAAAAUAUUUCUGUCAGCUGACUCUGGAUCCAAACACAGCACAGUGUCGCCUCAGUCUGUCUGAGAUGAACAGAGUGGUGAUAUGGAGUGGAGAAUACCAGCGAUACUCUGAUCAUCCAGAGAGAUUUAACCGGUGGCCUCAGGUGAUGUGUAAGGAGAGAGUGUGUGGACGCUGUUACUGGGAGGUUGAGCAGAUCAGUGGGGGAGGGGUGUUCAUAUCAGUCUCAUAUAAAGAUAUCAGAAGGAAAGGACGGAGUUAUGAGUGUCUGUUUGGAUACAACUCUCAGUCCUGGAGUCUGUGGUGUUCUUCCACUCUCUCUUUCUGCCACAAUAACAUUGAGACUGAGAUCCCAGGACCACCAUCCUCCAGAAUAGGAGUGUAUGUGGAUCACAGUGCAGGAACUCUGUCCUUCUACAGAGUCUCUGACACAAUGACCCUCAUGCACACAGUCCACACCACAUUCACUCAGCCCCUCUAUGGUGGGUUCUGGGUUGGUCUGGAUUCAUCUGUGAGGUUGUGUGAUCCUUACUAAUUUGUUUGUGGUAUAUUGUAAUUAGUAGUAGAAAGAUGAGACAUUAAUUCACAGUGCCAGAGUCACCGCUAUGCUCCGCCUCCCCCACCAAGUACAAAGCAAGUAAGGGCUGUUUUUCUGAACCAAUCACAGACCUCCUUUUUUGCUGUUUAGUGUAAAGGUAUUUCUUUACUUAUUUCUGAUUGGCUAUGAGGUUGUGAUCCUAACUAAUGUGUUUGUGGUAUAUUUUGUGGUUUACUGUGGUAAAUAAUUUUUCCAUCUCCAUUAACUCAAUACUCCUAGAAGAAAACUGUACAUGAGUUUUAACUUUUGCUUUGCUAAUUUUAUAUUAUAGUAGCUGAUUUAACAUUGUAGACACUGUGUUAAAUUUUCAUUAUGUGUAUAAAGAUCUACAUGUCUUGAAUUUUCAAUUGUGGAUUUAUUGUUAGAAAAAUAUCACAUGUAGAAUGAGAAAAGUAUGUUUGUAUUUUCCUGAAAUAAACUCCAUCUGAUUCUGCUUCAUCUACACAUCACCUCUCCAAAGACUCUUUAGCCGCUACAACCUAGAAAC